UGUAUGUGUUUGAGAGGCAGAGAGAAAGGGAGCGAGAGGGAGUACGACGUGAGCACCAAGAGAUGACGAGGGAGGCGCAAUGGUGUAUUCUAAAUACCAUAAAACUGCUGCCGACAACCUAGAAAAAGGGGAAAAUAGAGGCCGACCGGACAAGACAAAUAGCAGGAGAGACUUGAACAUUUUUCGACUGGAACCGGUUGCUGCUUCCAAUGCUUGACGGGUUAAAAUAAAGAAAAGGAACAACAGAAGGUUUUUUUCGCAGUUGUUUAGAUAUAGCCAUAAUUAAAAGCCGGAGUGUCAUCAUAUAAAGCAGUGUUACGGAAUAUUUUAACUUGAAAGAGCGAUAAUCGUAUUAAAAAUUGUGUUAUUUCUUCGUUCGUUAUAGCUCCAAAUUCUCGCGUUCUGGAUACUUUUUUAUGGAUCCGUUUAAAAAAGGAGCGAUUACGGGUGAGCUUUGAUGGACAGGUGCAGCCGCGGGCGGCAAUAAUACCUCGCAGCGCUGCGCCAGUGGUCUGUGAUUCUGCAAUAAGCGACUGAUAAAAAGCAAUAAAUUGCGCUGUAAAUAAGUGUUCCAUUGCGCCAUGGGCGAUGAGGCGACUAACUUCGGGAGAAGAUACGCUCGCUAUUGUCUCCAGUCAUCUGCCCCGUGGAUAUUCUAACGGUUUAAAUGAUCGGAUGUGCACACAGCAACUGAUCUUUCUGGGUUUAUAUAAAAAGAAAACUUUUGAUUGGAUUUUGACUGGAUAGCAAUAUAUUACACUACCGAGAGUAGCUCUCAACUACGUCUGACAGCACUGUGAUUUUAUUUUCAUGAUGGAAAUAGAAAUUUAUUUUUGAAUUUAUAAAAUAAUUAAUAGCCAAAUUAGUUAGUUUUGAAUAUUGUAUAUAGAGUCAGGUAUUUUACUUUUAAGGGAUCGUUAUAUUUGCACUAUGAUGGAAACGCCACCUUGCUCGAAGAAGAGCUUGUCUUUGUCUUUGCCAGUGCCCCGGGAGGGGCAGGCCACCCUCAAGCCUCCGCAACACCUCUGGAGACAGCCCCGGACCCCAAUCAAAAUAAAGCACCGUGGAUACUCGGACACGGAUCGGCACCACCACCCACAGAUCGAGCGCUCCAACGCGGUGGACACGAGCGACCGACCCGGGCUUAAGAAGACUCGGAUGUCGUGGCCAUCCUCUUUUCACGGAACGACCAGCACGUCUAUCGCUAACUGUGUGGGAAAUAAAAGAUUCGAUGUGGAGAAUGGCCUGUCCUCAGUGCGCAGUCCGCUGGACUCGCAGGCAAGUCCCGGGCUGGUGCUGCACCCCACCUUCCCACAGAGUCAGCGCCGCGAGUCCUUCCUGUACCGCUCUGACUCUGACUACGACACAUCCCCCAAGAGCAUGUCCCGAAACUCCUCCGUGACCAGCGAGGGACACACGGAGGAUCUCAUCGUCACCCCGUUCGCUCAGGUGUUGGCCAGUCUACGAACUGUAAGAAGCAACUUCACCAUCCUAGCCAAUGUCACCACACCUACCGCCAACAAGAGGACUCCCAUGGGAAGCACACCUACGGUUCCCAAGGCAACGCUUUCAGAGGAGACGUACCAGCAACUUGCACGUGAGACACUUGAGGAGCUCGACUGGUGUCUGGACCAGCUGGAGACAAUCCAGACACAUCGCUCUGUCAGUGACAUGGCCUCCACAAAGUUUAAGCGGAUGCUGAACCGGGAGCUCUCCCACCUGUCUGAGAUGAGCCGUUCUGGGAACCAAGUGUCAGAGUACAUCUCCAAUACGUUCCUGGAUAAGCAGAAUGAGGUGGAGAUCCCGUCACCCACGCAGAAACAGCAGGACAAGCCCAUGUGCCACAUCAGCGGCGUCAGGAAGCUCACCCGCAGCUCCAGCCAGGCCAACCCCAUCGUGCCCCGCUUCGGGGUCAAGACUGAGCACGAGGAUGCCCUCUCCAGGGAGCUGAACGACUUGAAUAAAUGGGGCCUCAACAUCUUCCGUGUGGCUGAUUUCUCUAGCAACAGGCCUCUCAGUUGCAUCAUGUUCGCCAUCUUCCAGGAGAGAGACCUGCUGAAGACGUUCCGUAUCCCGGUGGACACAUUCAUCAACUACAUCAUGACCCUGGAGGACCACUACCACGCCAACGUGGCCUAUCACAACAGCUUGCACGCCGCUGAUGUCAUGCAAUCUACACACGUGCUGCUCUCCUCGCCCGCCCUCAACGCGGUCUUUACUGAUCUGGAGAUCCUGGCUGCUCUGUUCGCCGCCGCCAUCCACGACGUGGACCACCCUGGCGUCUCAAACCAGUUUCUUAUCAACACCAACUCAGAGCUGGCACUGAUGUACAACGACGAGUCGGUCCUGGAGAACCACCACCUUGCCGUGGGCUUCAAACUGCUGCACGAGGAGAACUGUGACAUCUUCCAGAACCUGACCAAGAGGCAGCGGCAAAGCCUGCGCAAGAUGGUCAUCGACAUGGUGCUGGCGACAGACAUGUCCAAGCACAUGAGUCUACUGGCUGAUCUGAAGACGAUGGUGGAGACCAAGAAAGUGACGAGCUCAGGAGUGCUGCUGUUGGACCAUUAUACAGACCGCAUACAGGUGCUGAGGAACAUGGUGCACUGUGCGGACUUGAGCAACCCCACCAAGCCGCUAGACGUCUACAGGCAGUGGACCGAGCGCAUCAUGGAGGAGUUCUUUAGGCAGGGCGACAAGGAGCGGGAGCGAGGCAUGGAGAUCAGCCCCAUGUGUGACAAGCACACGGCCUCCGUGGAGAAGAGCCAGGUGGGAUUCAUCGACUACAUUGUACACCCCUUGUGGGAGACCUGGGGGGACUUGGUGCACCCCGACGCACAGGACAUCCUGGACACGUUAGAGGACAACCGCGACUGGUACCAGAGCACCAUCCCGCAGAGCCCCUCGCCCCCACCAGACCUGGGGGACCCGCAGCUGGAGGGCUGCCUAGACAAGUUCCAGUUCCAGCUCACCCUAGAGGAACCGGACCAGAACCACCUGACUGAGGACUGCUGCGCUGAAGAGGAGGAAGAGGAAGAAGUGAUGGAGGAAGAGGCAGAGGAUGAGGCGGGCCCUGCACCACCAGCAGAGUCCACGGGCGCCGAGGUGGGAAACACAAACUCCGACGGUACCCCUGAGGAAGAGGAGGUAUCUUCCUCCCCGCUCGAUGACUCAUGAGAACCACCCUGGCCCCCAGACCCUGAUUCUGAGGGUGGGAGGGGGAUGGGGGCCUUCACUCCGUCAAUUCAAUCCACGUCCCUAUGCUUAAGGGAGGGGAAAAAAACAAUAACAAGAACAAAACUUAAUAACAGACGCUAUUUUUUUUUUCCAGAAAAGGGAACAACAAUAAUAUUGUUAAUAUGAUGUAAUAGGAUAGAAAUGUUAUUUACACAGAAACUGUAGAAAUAAUAUUAAUAACAGAAAUGUUAUUUACACAGAAACUGUAGAAAUAAUAUUGAUAACAGAAAUGUUUUUUACACAGAAACUGUAGACUUGGAAGGGACUUGGAGCCCCUCUCGCAGGCAUUAGGAGGGACAGCCGAGAGAGGAGGUUUCCGAAGGACCCUAAUUUAAGGGGAAACUGAAGACAUUUUAGUGCAAUGAACACGACACUGAUACAUACAGUGCACACACACAAUCAGGCAAUACCGGUCACAUACGCACAUACAUGCAUUCCCACACUUUUAGACACGUGUGUGUUUGUGUGUGCAUACAAUGUAUGUGUGUGCAUGUGUAUCUGUGUGUGUGUAGUGUGUGUGCAGACAAAGUUUGCACGUGUGUGUGUGAGUUAUUGAGAUUGGUGUUGAAAUCGGAUCCACUCAUUUGGAUAAAGCCAUGUCUAUUGGGACUAUUAAUUAGUAUUAAUUAAUGGGUAUUAUUGGGUAUAAACUAAUAUUCAUCCAUAUCUUACCCUUAAACUUGGUUCCCUGCAGCAAAUCAAUUGUUCGACUUUGAAUGACACAUUUUAUGUAUCCAAACAAAGGAAAUAACAACUAAGGCAGUAAUGAACUGAGGAAGACUAAGAGAGGGAGGGGCCUCUUUCCUACCCCUGGAGAGCCACCCGAUUGGACGGCCAUGUGCCUUUCUGACCACGCCUGCUCGACCUCCGACCCCCUGCGAGGCGAUGCUCGUUGGGGCAGAGGCGCCAGUCGUGCAUUCCCCAUUGCACCCCCAGACACCCUCCUUCAUUGUCUGUGUGUCUAUUGUGAUGCUUGGUCUCCGUGACGAUGUCGUCACAGGUGACGCCUUUCACCUGUCCGUUAUCACCUACAGGCCAUGCUCUUUGAGAAAAAUGUCUUUUCCAUGGAAGCUCUAUUUAAGUGUCCAGUUACAAUUGUAUUAUAAAGAGUGGUGUCAGUUGUCUUUUAGCAAUCAAUCAUUUUAUUUAAUAUUGUCGACUUUGAUGGGCAAGUAGUCACGAACGCCGUUUUCCCAGAUGGAAAGGAAAAACAUGGACUACCAAAAAGGGAGAAAUUAAGACCUUUCUUUGAACCUUGUGAAAAAAAACAAACAAUUUAAUAGCAUUGUUAGAAUAUGUUACCUUUAAAAUGUACACAGAUUGUACUCACAAAUAGACAUAUAAGAGUGUUUUGAUCAUCGCAAUUGAUUGUCACUAUGGUAUUAUUACCAGUUGGGACAGGAUAAGCAGUUAGCAAGCAAUAUUGAUUCAGACACAUCCACACACCCCUGUCCUCCAGCACAGUGACUCUGUACAUGCACAGGUACACACGCACACCCUUUCUACACACCUCUACUGACCACCAAGCAGACAGAGGUUUUGAGAACCUUGGAAAGAUACGUUGCGCUAGCAUGCCUGAGUGGAAAGACUGUUUUUGGUUUUCUCGUCAUUGACGUGUGUUGUAUUAAUCGGAGAGUGUUGGGCCAGUGUCACAGUGUGUAUAUACCAAUUUUGUACGCAUAAGUUUGUUUACACGCCAUGUUGUGUAUAUCCGCUUAAGAAGGACAGACACGAGCCACGUGAAGACAUGGAUGCUGUGCCAAGAUGCUGCAGCGAUGUCAUGAGACUGUUAGCCUGUUGCAUUCUAAUGACCCCCAGGUACAGCGGUGGAGGGGGGGAUCUUAUAUUUAUUGAUGAAUAAGGAUGGCGAAAAUGUCUGGCAAAUGUUAGUCUGUCAAAUAUCAGUAGUUCUGUCUAUCACUGCCGCACGAGUUAGCCUCUCUGGCUUGUCACGUAGAUGAUGCUUAGAUUAUUAAUAUAAAUCAUUAGAGACUAAAUUUCCUGUUGGAAUGUGUAGUUUCACUCCCAUCAGUUCGAUUCCAUGGCUGUGUAUCGCAGGUCAGGCCGAUCUCGUAGAUGUGUGUGUUUGGUGUGCAUGUGUGUGCGCGCGUCUGUGUGUAGAGAAAAUAACAUCAUGGACCAUCUGUUUUCAGCUGGUCAGUGGCUCAGCUUAUCUGAGCAGGUCUGUGAUUGGUGGAAUGGGACGCCUGAGUCACCGCUGGCUCUGUGAUUGGUGAGGCGGGACCCCGAGGUCACCACUGGCCUGUGAUUGGCAGAAUGGUGAUCAAUCCCAUGUGUACCCACCUGUCGUUCUAUGGAAUGUCGCUAUGUGCUUUUGUGGCUUUUUCUGUUUAUCUUGUGAGCUAUAAAAACAAACGAAUAUACAAAUUGCCAUUUAACACAAUACUGUAGCAAUUGUUUCUUACAUAUCGAUAAUUAAUUAAUUGAUUGAUUAAUUAAUUAGUUAUUGAUGUUCUUUUUAAAUUAUGAAAAGAAGACAUGUUAAAUGCCACAAUACUUUUAUUUGGACAGUUUGUGUACUUUUUUAUUUUUGUAUUAUUUGGUUUAAUGGUAUGGAAGUUAUUCAAUUAUUAUGGUUGAUAUGAAUAGUAUCCUUAUUACUGCUUGUUUGUAUAUAUUGUAAUAGAUUGUAAAUGAAUAACUCUAUAACUUCAGUGAACAUCUAUAACUAUAGAUUCAGUCUUUUUCUUCAGUCUGGUGAUAAGAUGGGGAUUAAUUAUUGACAUCUGAACCCUCAUUCUCUCUGUCCUUGUCCCUCUUUCCUGAUCUUUAACAGAGUAUUUUUAAUUUGUAAAAAAACAAAGAAAAAACUUAAAAAACAAAGAUGAUGGAGUCACAAAACACUUUCUCUGUAUCAGCACUUUAUCCUCUGCAGGUCGGGGGUGGAAGGUGGGAGGAGUUUGGAGUGAUGGCAGUAAGUGGGUGGGGCGAAGGAUGGAAAAGGUAGGUGCGUGGGUGGAGCUUGCGCAAGGGCGGGGCCACGAAGGACGGGAAAGGUAGGUUUGGGAGUGGUCGGGGGCGGAGGUCCGUCGUGUCCUGCGCAGUACACACCCCUCGUGUGUCUCGCGGUGACACGCCUCCCCAGCUCCGUGCUCCCGGAGGACCGCGUCUUAGCCAUCUUUUUUUAAAUAAUUGUUUUACUCUAGCGUUCCCACAUGAUCUUAACUUCAGAGUUCCUCCAUAAUUGUGGUCUACUUGUCGAAUUUGAGCUUUUGCUCAUGUGUUACUUGUUCACGACUUUAAAAAAUUACAAAAAAGCCUAAAGAUGAUUGUAAUAUCUGUAAAUUAUACUGCUUUAAUGUGUAAAAUGUGUUCCUGUUAUUUUUUAUUAUUCUAUUUUUAUGACAAUAUUUUGGUUUUCUUUUGAGAGAACUGAGGUGUCAUUUUGUGAAUAAAAUGCAUCUAAUAAGCUAAUAUCUAUAUGAAAUAAUGAUAUAUCUGUAUAUUUUUUCUUUGAUUUCACUGUACGGUACUGUAAAGUGUGUCAAAACUACAAAUAAAGGAUGAUUUUUAUAAUAAAAUGGUAAAAUAAAA